UAUUCCAUGUGGGCAAGACGCCCUACCGUUUAGCGUCGAGGAGCUUUCUCAUCAGCUGUGUUUGGCGUGUCUUGCAAGAUCGUUGAGAAUGUUGCUAUUUUUGCAACUUUUGCUACAUUUGGGAUGUGUGGUUGGUCUGUAUGAAGAUCAAGUGGGAAACUUCGACUGGCACCAGAAAUAUCUCGGUAGUGUCAAGGCAGUUUACUUUGACCAGUCAUCACAUACAACCAAGAGAAUCAUUAUGUCUACAUAUUCCAACGUUUUGGCAUCGAUUAACGCUCGUACAGGGCAAAUACUAUGGCGUCGUGUGUUGGAACAGAACGGAAUAAUAGAUGCAGUGUUACAUCAGAAUGGCGUGUUGAUCACAGUGUCCAGACGAGGAAGCCUCAUUCGAAGUUGGGAUCCUGCCACAGGUCUUCUAUUAUGGGAAUCAGCAACACCAGGAAGUCAACUCAAUUUCAGAGAUUCUGUUUCGUGGCUCAAUGGCGGAGUACAGGCUGAUUUGAUGCAGCAUUCUGAGGGGAAGGGGUACAUCAUAGCAGUUCUUAGAGGGAAUUUAUUGACAACUUGGUUACAAAACGGAGGAAGGCAGUUGUGGAACGUGACAAUUAGUAAAGAACUCAAAAGUAGUGACUUCUUGAUGAGUCAAGAUGGCGACAUUCUUCAUGUUGUAAGCUUCAGAGAGAAAGCUCAUGUGAUCUUUCACUCGUAUCAACUUAAAUCUGGAGAAGAAAUCAAACCCAGUCACACUGUGUCAACACCAUGGCUCUCAUUUGAAUCAUCAAGUUGUCUGAUUACUGGGGGUCACAUGCUGCUUUGUGUUGACAAAGUGACUGAAGCAGCUCAUUGGCUUUCUAUGAAAACUACUGACAAACAGUCGUUUGAAAUGGUGUUUUUGCAAUCUAUUGACAGCUCAAUGAUUGGCUUGUCUCCUAUGGCUGUGUCACAUCUUAGUCCCAUCACUUCAACUCAUCAAGAUUUCUUGCUACAUCUUUCCACUGACAAGAAAGUUCUUAUGGCAUUUGAUGCAGUGGAGGCGAUGCCAGUUGCUCGGAAAGUCUUUGAGAACAAGGAAGAUAUACGAAUGGGGACGCUUGGAGACAUGAGGAUUCUCUUCAUUUUGAGUCAACAGGAGGAGGGAUCAUUGGACAUUCAGUGUUUGACAGCCGACGAUCUAAUAGAAAUGUCUGAAUUAGCACAAACAGUUGAGAUGCCAGAUCAUUUAGGAGCACUAAAACAAGCAUUCGUCUAUCUCUUUCACAAGAAAGACAAGUCACUGGGAUAUCGCAUGCUACUGGCAACGAAAGACCAAGCUGUGUCCCUCAUUCAACAGAAUGGUCGAUUGUUGUGGACAAGGGAGGAAUCUCUGUCUGACAUUUGUGCUGUGGAAGUACUUGAUCUCCCAAUUGCAACGGGAAAAUCGCAUUUGGAAAAUCUCUUUAUUGAAUUGGCGACAGCAACAGGCGAUCCCAUUUCGUUGUUUAUGCAACGAAUUACGGUCCAGCUGACACAGUUGCAGACGUUUCUCAGUUCGCUGAAUGGAAAGCAGGAAGAUGAGCUGGAGGAUCUGACUGUGGAGGGAAUGUCACGUGAUCGGUUCAAUCUACAAAAACUUAUUGUUGUACUUACUGCGGCUGGAAAGCUGUUCGGAAUUGAUUCUCGAGAUGGACAGAUACACUGGCGGCUCUAUCUCUCUGACUUAAAACCGUUCAGUGGAUUAAGCCACAAGACAGACAAUGAAACAUGUUAUAUGUUUGUUCAACGAACUAGUGAGCAUUUUCCUCACCCUCCACAGGUCACUGUUGUGGGAUCAUCCAAGGGUGAAUGUCGUGGCUCUCUCGUCUACGUUAUCAACCCACUGACGGGCCACUUAGUCAAGUCAAUCAUCUCCAACAGCAGUCCAUGCCUUCCAUACACAGUCACACAAGCAGCUCUUCUUCCUGUAGAAGACAACAACUUGAUGAGAGUUCUUCUUCUCACUGACAGGGAACUGAAGGUUCAUCUGUUUCCUCCCUCUACUGCUGCAUUGGAGGCUGUUGUGUCACGAGAGGAGGCAGUGUUUAUUCAUAUCGUCAACUGCUCGUCUGGAUCAGUUACAGGAUAUUCUGUUGAUAAUUUUGAAUUUGAGGGAACGACAGCAAAGCUAGAAGAAGUGUGGAAUGUGAAAGUGCAACCGGACGAGACGAUCAUCUCUUAUGCUGCACGACCAGCCCAUGAACACGUCCAUGCUCAAGCUCUUGUACUUGGUGACCGUUCUGUGCUGUACAAAUAUCUCAAUCCUAAUCUGAUUGCUAUAGCAACGGAAACGGCAACAGAGAAAGGAGGUAUUGGCAUCUACAUUCUAGACAGUGUAACAGGAUCAAUCAUCUACCAAUUCAGACAUCGCAGUGCUCAUCGACCAGUUCACAUCAUUCAUUCAGAAAACUGGUUUCUCUACCACUUGUGGAACCCACGACAGAGACGAUACGAAGUUUCAGUGUUAGACCUGUAUGAAGGCUCACUCGACAGAAACGACUCACACGUAUCAUCCAUGGAUCCUUUAGUACAACCAAACAUUCUCAGUCAAUCAUACAUUUUUUCAUCUGCCAUCAUGGCAAUGGGGGUAACAAUCACAGAGAAGGGAAUCACACACAAGACUGUGAUGUUUGGUUUGAGCAAUGGGGCUAUUCUAUCGCUGCCAAAGAUGCUACUGGAUGCUCGUCGUACUGUUUCCAUGAUGCCAGAGCAAAGUGAGGAAUUUAUGAUUCCAUAUCAGCCAGAGUUGCCAUUGAGAGCUGUAGACGUGGUCAACUACAAUCAGACAGUUAUAAAUGUUAAAGGACUUCACACUGUAUCUGCAGGUCUAGAGUCUACUUGUUUGUUGUUUGCAUAUGGUUUAGAUUUGUAUUCUACUCGUGUCAUGCCAUCUAAGACAUUUGAUGUGUUGGCAGAAGACUUCGACAGGUUCAUUAUUGUGAUCGUUCUUCUUCUGCUUGGAUUGUUGACAGUAAUAACAGCUAGACUAGCCAACCGGAAACUAUUGCAUUCACAGUGGAAAUAGAAAGAGCACUGACAGUCUUAGUCAACAUUAAUUAUAUGGUAUAUAGAUAAAUGUAAUUUAAUUAGCGAAUAUUGGUGC